GUUUGAACACGUCUUCGUUCGCACCUUCACUACUUUGCUGCACAAUGUUCGGUCGUGUUUCUCUUGCGCUCAUUUUAAUUUCUAUAGCUGCAAUUUUCUGUGCGCAGUCUGCGGAUGCUGCCAAGGGCCCCAGAAUCACCCACAAAGUCUACUUCGAUAUUAGGCAUGGCGACAAGGACCUAGGCCGAGUUGUCAUUGGUCUUUAUGGUGGGACCGUUCCCAAGACAGUUGAGAACUUCCGCGCACUUGCAACUGGUGUCGGCAAGGAUGGUAAUGAGCUUGGCUACGGAUACAAGGGCUCCAAGUUCCACCGCGUUAUCAAGAACUUCAUGAUCCAAGGCGGUGACUUCACUCGUGGUGAUGGCACCGGUGGAAAGUCCAUUUACGGCGACCGCUUCAAGGAUGAGAACUUCAAGCUCAAGCACACCGGACCCGGCACUCUUUCCAUGGCUAAUGCAGGCAAGGACACCAACGGAUCUCAAUUCUUCAUUUGCACUAUUGUCACCAGCUGGUUGGACGGUAAACACGUUGUCUUCGGAAAAGUCCUGGAAGGAAUGGACAUUGUAUAUUCUAUCGAGGACGUUCCUAAGGGCAGCAACGAUCGUCCAUUGGAGGACGUCACCAUCUUCGACUCUGGAGAGCUGCCAGUUGAGCCGGUUGUGGAUGAGGGAGGAAAAGAGGACAUCGCCACCGUACCCGUAAAUUCUGUAACUUCGCCAGCCGAUGCUGAAUUGUCCGACUCUAACGAGGAGACGAGCACUGCGAAGUCAGCUCCCUCUUCAGUUGUGGAUGCCACCCCUGAGGUUGUGGAGGGUGCUUCUGGGUCGUCGGAGGGUCUGAGAUAUGCAGCCAUCUUAUUUGUGGUGGUCGUAGUUGGAGUGGGGAUGUUUGUCUGGCGUGGUGCCGGACUCCGUCGUUUCAAAGGCCUUUUGCAACGUGCAGAUCGCGCGCAUUACAAACGCGUCGGGGAUGAGGAUUUGGAGAAGUAAGUGCAAUGGAGAUUGAGGUUUCGAGCCGGUGGAGCAUACCAAGUCAUGAAACUUGUGCAAUGUACCAUAGAUAUAUCUUGCUUGGCUAACAUAACUAGUAUGUCGUUCGUUCAAGAGUCCAUUAUAGGGGUAAAGCGGGUGUUCCUUCAAGUUUUUUACCAGGCUACCCUAUUUAACAUAGUGAAUACCAUGUACACUGAUUAUUUUGCACAACUUGAAGUAUACUGUCAAUUCUAUGUGUGUUUCCGUGUGUUCA